AUGGAAAUUGGGGAUACAAGCGUAAAAGUUGGUGUUCGUGUUCGACCAUUAUCAAACAGUGAAGUGAAUGAUGGAAGUUCAACUUGUUUAUCAUAUUUAAAUGAAGAAAACCAGUUAAUCAUUGGAAAUGAUAAACUUUUUGGUUUUGAUUAUGUUUUUAAAGAGACAGAUUGUCAAGAGUAUGUUUACCGAAAAGCUGCAUUUCCAAUGGUUGAAAAUGUUCUCAAAGGAUAUAAUGCUACUGUGUUUGCUUAUGGUCAAACAGGGAGUGGAAAAACUUAUACAAUGGGUACAUGUAUCUCUGAAAAUAUAGCAGACACAUCAGUUGGCAUUGUUCCUCGAAUUAUUAAAGAUCUAUUUGAGAAAAUGCCUGAUUAUGAGUAUGAAUAUACAGUGAAAGUUUCAUUCCUUGAGAUAUACAAAGAGGAUAUACAUGAUCUGUUAGGUGAGGAUGUGUCUGCAUCAUUACAAAUACGUGAAGAGAAUCAACUUAUUAAGAUUCCAGGACUAACUGAGACAGUAGUCACAUCCCCGGAAGAAGUUCUUUAUCUCCUUCAAUGUGGCUCAACAAAGAGAAGUGUUGCAAGUACAGCGAUGAAUUUAAAGUCUAGUCGAAGUCAUGCUAUCUUAACUCUGUGUUUUUUACUGCGACCAAAAAUAACAGGAAUAGAUGUCGAGAAUUCAGGAGAUACACUGACGGCUAAAUUACAUUUAGUGGACUUAGCUGGUUCUGAACGGAUUAAGAAAACACAUGCUGAAGGUGAUCGACUUAAGGAAGGUAUCGAUAUCAAUAGAGGUUUACUUGCACUUGGUAAUGUUAUCAGUGCUUUAUGUGAACGUGAUGCUAAGAAACGAUCACAUAUUCCAUAUCGUGAUUCACGUCUGACUCGACUACUUCAAGAUUCAUUAGGUGGGAAUAGUGCCACGUUAAUGCUUGCUUGUGUUAGUCCUGCUGAUAUAAAUAUGGAAGAGACAUUGAAUACACUUCGAUAUGCUGAUCGUGCACGUCUUAUUAAAAAUAAACCAAUUUUAAAUCGUGCUGAUCCAAAAGAUGCUGAAUUAGCUAAACUACGUGUUUUAGUGGCUCAAUUACAAGCUCGUUUAGCAUCGAAUGGUUCCUCGUGUUUUCCAUUGCUUAGUCCAUGUCCUAAAACAAUUCAACAGCAGCAUAAACCAUUCACUACAAUCAAUAAUAAUAAUAAUAUUUCAACAAAUAGUCAUUUUUCUUCAGAAUUAAUUACCAGUCUUAUGAAUAAGAAUAAAAAGUUAGAGGGUGAGAAACUUCAACUUUGUGCUGAAUUAGAACAAACGAUUGAAAAAAUGAAUGAAUUAUAUCGAUUGAAUUACGAUACAAACAAUUUACACGAGACGUUAAUUUCAGAACUACAAAAAAUUGAAUCGAUUCUCAACUCAUUAAAACAAUUUGUUCAAGAUAAUAAAUUGAAUGAAUAUCCUGAAUUGUUGCGUUAUAUUCAAGAAUUUGAAGAUAUAUUAACUAGUUUGGUGAAACUUCAUUCGAUUGAGUUGAAUAAAAUGACAAAUGACGAUAUAGAACAUGCUUAUAAAGAAUCGUCCGAUUUAUUAGCUGAAAUUCAAUCAGACAAUGCAUGUUUCGAUGCAGCUGAUGAAGAAGACCACAUUGACAAAGAAGAAGAGGAGGAGGAGGAUGACGAGAAAAUGCCAUUGAAAACCUCUGAUGAAAUUAUCGAUGAUAAUUGUAUUACUAUAAAUACAACAAAAUCAAAACUUGUUGAUCGUUGGGGUUCUGAAUUACGUGCACGUCGUUUAGAAUGUAAACAACGCAUUGAAACUAUAGAAGCAACAAUACAUCAAAAAAACGCCUUGCUGAUUAGUUUAGAAACUGCAGCUGAACAAGGCGAUGAAUCGUAUUGUUUACUAUUGAAAAAAUAUGAAUCACAAAUUUGUGAAUUAGAAUCAAAAAUCAAUGAUUUGGAAAUGGAAAAACGUAAACUGCUAGCUGAACAUAAUAGUGAAACAAUGAAAGAUUCUAAAACUCAACGUGACGCACGUCUAAAGAUGAUGGAACAAGAAUUAAGUCAAACACGUCGUCAACUCACUGAAUUAUCACGUUUGAAAAAAGCUAAAGAAGCUAGAGAAACCGAGUGUUUAAGGCUAAGAACUGAAAUACAAUCAUUGAAAGCCUCAAUGAUUCGUUCAGCGAAACAAUUGAAAGAAGAAAGUACUGCCUAUCGUAAAUGGCGUAAAGAAAAAGAGACUGAAGUGAAACGACUACAAGAACAUGAUCGUCGACUUCAAUGUGAAUUGUCACGUGUGAUUUCAGUGCAUGAACGUCAACAAGCUGUAUUGAAACGUCGUAUUGAAGCUGCUGCUGCAGCGGAACGUCGAUUGAAAGAAUUGUUAUUACGUCAAAAAGAUAAUAAAAAUGAACGUGAAAAACGUGUAUCUGAAGGAAACAAUGCCAAGAAGUAA